AUGUGGUGCCUCUUGUAUGCAGAUGACAUUGUGCUAAUAGCUGACAGCAAAGAGGAACUAAAGAAAAUGUUACAAAGAUUUAAAAAGUACAUUGAAAAGAAGAAACUGAUCUUUAGAAGAGGAUCAAAGAAGAGACUAAAAAUUCUAAAAGAAGAAAAGGUAAAUAAAACAAGAUACAUGAAAGGAGUAGAAUUUAAGGAAGAAAUAAGAGAAAAAAUAGUGGCUAGCAAAGAACAGAAAGAAAAAGAAAAAAGAAUGGAGAAGAUAGAAAAUUCAAGAUACAACAAGAUAUGUAGAUACAUUAAAACAGAGGAAGAAACAGAAAACCGAAAAAAGGAUGUGACAAAUACAGAUAGGAGACUGGUGGCAAGAUUUAGAUGCAGAAAUGAGUGUAAAGGGAAAGAAUACUGGAUAGCAGUUACAACUUCCAAGAGUUUAUCGAUAAAGGCAAGGCUAUUUUCGGAUCGAUUAGAAGGUUUGGAAAAAUUUGUAGGGGGCGCAGACGUCGACAAAGUCAGCGCGACUUUACGUUUGGAGGACCUAACCCGUAAAUUUCAAGAAUGUGAGGACUUAAUAGAAGCGCUUAGUGUUGAGAACGGAAAGGUAAUGGAAGUAGAGACGUGGCCAGACAUCAGCAAGCGGUAUUACAAGAUAGCCAGCGAUAUUGCGAAGUUGAAUGCUCUCGACGGGAGGAACAAUGCGUCUUUAGUAGGUCAGGGAGGAGGAAUGGGCUCUUCGACUUUUGUAGAACACCAGCGUCUCUUAAAACUCCCAGUAGCAGAACUUCCAAGGUUUAGCGGUGGGCACGAAGAAUGGUUGUCGUACAAAAACACUUUCUUGACGAUGAUCAAUUCACGCAGUGACAUCGAUAAACUGGUCAAGUUUAUGUAUUUGCGGAAUACUUUACAGGGCGAAGCGUUGAACAAGAUUUCGAUUUAUACCAUCAGCGCGGAGAACUAUGACAAGGCUUGGAAAACUCUGGUUGAUUCGUACGAGCGUCGGCGUAUUCUGAUCUCUAAGCAUCUUGAUGCAAUCCUCGACAUUCCGCCGUUGAAGACUGCUACUUCCAAGGAUUUGUCCAUAAUCGUUGACAAGGUGAAACAGCACUUGAAUUCGUUGGAGUCUCUUGGUGGUAUGGAACCUCCCCGUAUGGUCGUUCGUUUACUUGAGAGGGCCUUACCAUCGCCCAUUCGUCAAAGAUGGGAGGACUCGCUUGCGGUGGACGAGCUCCCGAACCUUGAAACAUUUUAUUCGUUCAUCGAAGGGGUAGUUUCGAGGAUGUACACAAUGGAGAAUGAUUGUCCGCAGUUCAAAGACGCCAUCGAAUCAGCCGGCAAGCCGAAUCUGGAACCCAGAAAGGCGAGGAAGACCAACGACGGUGCUCGGAUCUUCGUGACUACAGCAGAGCAGCCAUGCGUGAAAUGCGAUCAAGCACACUCGCUGUAUCGUUGUCCAGAGUUUGCUACUUUGUCGGUCCAAGCUCAGUGGGAUUUCGUCAGAACACAUCGUUUGUGCUUCAAUUGUUUGCAUUCACAUGUCGGAAAGUGCAACCUGGGGAAUUGCAGGCGAUGCGAUAAGUACCACAACACCUUGUUGCAUGCGGACCCGAAGACAUCCCAGUCAACAGCGAAGUCUGGUGGAACUCUUGGUGGAAAUUCGUCCAACAACGCUUCUCACGCAUGA